UUGUCUCCCGGAGAGCAGGGUGUGGCUAGUGGUCCAGACGGCCACUCAGGGAUGGUCAGCCGGUCCUGAGCCGGGAGAGUGAAGCCCACUCCGCACCAUGCCUGCGGGCCGGGUGGGUUGAGGGUGCGGAACACCCCGAGACCGCAGCCCUCCGGAGGAGCUCGGAGCAGGCUUGGGGAGGUUCUUGCCGCUCCGGCUGUCAGCGCCCAGCCGCCGCCCUCCCGGCUUCACUUCCUCCCGCAGCGCCCGCCGCCCCGGGGCCCGGGAUCCCAGCGGGUCUGCAGCCCCGACCGCCACGCCCUGGCCUCUGCGCAGCGGGGCCCCAGCCAGACCCUAGCCUCCUCCCCUUAGGAUGGCCUUGCCUUCCAGCCCCCCCACUUUCAGGCUCCAGACAUUUGAUGGAGGCCAAGAAGAUGGCGCUGAGGCUGACAAAGGAAGGCUGGGCCUCGGGGAUGGGCCGCCCCCCAUGGAGUCACCAUUCCAGAGCGAGGACCGGAACUGCCCCCCUCAGAUCAAAGUGAACCUCAACUACCGCAAAGGAACAGGUGUCAGCCAGCCGGACCCAAACCGCUUUGACCGUGACCGGCUCUUCAGCGUGGUGGCCCGGGGUGUCCCCGAGGAUCUGGCUGGGUUAGCAGAGUACCUGUCCCGGACCAGCAAGUACCUCACCGACUCAGAGUACACAGGUAGGCCAGCCCUACUCCCAUGUGUACCAGCUCUCACAUUCCCUCCCCAGCACCGCCACCAAAUGGUGGUUUUGGAGCCGUUGAACAAAUUGCUUCAGGCGAAAUGGGACCUGCUCAUGCCCAGAUUCUUCUUCAACUUCCUGUGUUACUUGGUAUACACGUUCCUCUUCACCGCUGUGGCCUACCACCAGCCAGCCCUGGAGAAGGCCUUCCUCCCCCUGAAAGUGACUGCCGGAGGCUCCAUGCUGCUGCUGGGCCACAUUCUGAUCCUGCUUGGGGGCGUCUACCUCCUCGUGGGCCAGCUGUGGUACUUCUGGAGACGCCGUCUGUUCAUCUGGAUCUCGUUCGUGGACAGCUACUUUGAAAUCCUCUUCCUGAUCCAGGCCCUGCUCACGGUGCUGUCCCAGGUGUUGUGUUUCCUGGCCAUCGAGUGGUACCUGCCUCUGCUUGUGUCCUCGCUGGUGCUGGCCUGGCUGAACCUGCUUUACUAUACACGUGGCUUGCAACACACAGGCAUCUACAGUGUCAUGAUCCAGAAGGUCAUCCUACGGGACCUACUCCGCUUCCUGUUGGUCUACUUAGUCUUCCUUUUCGGCUUCGCUGUGGGCCUGGUGAGCCUGAGUCGGGAAGCCCGGGACUCCGGGGUCCCCCCAGGCCCCAAUAUCACGGAGGCAGCACAGCCUGGGGCAGGACAGGAGGAUGAGGGGGGCAGCUCAUCCCCUUACGGUGGCAUCCUGGACGCCUCCUUGGAGCUCUUCAAGUUCACCAUCGGCAUGGGGGAGCUGGCCUUCCAAGACCAGCUGCGUUUCCGCGGAGUAGUGCUGUUGCUACUGCUGGCUUACGUGCUCCUCACCUACAUUCUGCUGCUCAACAUGCUCAUCGCCCUCAUGAGCGAGACCGUCAACAGUGUCACCAACGACAGCUGGAGCAUCUGGAAGCUGCAGAAAGCCAUCUCUGUCCUGGAGAUGGAGAACGGCUACUGGUGGUGCAGGAGGAAGAAGCGGCGGGCGGGGGUGAAGCUUACUGUUGGGAGCAGGCCGGAUGGUAGCCCUGAUGAGCGCUGGUGCUUCCGGGUGGAGGAAGUGAACUGGGCUUCAUGGGAGCAGACGCUGCCGACAGUGUGUGAAGAGCCAUCAGGGCCUGGCGGCCCUGUCACUGGCACCUCGAAGAACCCUGGCCUGGCCUCCCGACCAGAGGAGGACACUGCCUCCGAGGAAGACCACCUGUCCCUCCAGCUCCUGGAGUCCCACUGAUGUCCUGCGCAGAGGCAGGACAGAGCCAGUGACUCUCUGCCAGCCACCCUAUCUGCUGGCUCUGGGGCUCCAGGGAACUUUGCUGGCAAAUAAAUAAAUAUUUUCUCAAGACUACCUCUCUGGGAAACAUUUAAGCAGAGGUAGUGGGCUCUUGGGCUGACUGACAUCUGCAGGUCUCUGUGAGCAUUUCUCCAUCCGGAACUGUGCUACUGUCACCCUCAACCAGGGCGCAGGAGACCCUUACCUGCUGCCCCCCAGCCUCAGGGCUCUUGAGUGCUGUGCCCGCUGUCAUGACAGCUGUGUGGCAGCGCAAGCUGGCCUUUCCCGAAGUUUCCAGCCAUCUCCAAGGGCCGCCGCCGUCCUAGGAUCCUGAUGUCCCCGAGGCCGGGCCCCCGUCCCCCAGACCCGCCGUGGUGAGCGCGCCACCCCCCGGAGAACUGGUCGCUGAAGCCUCAACAGUGUGCUCGAACAUCACUGUCAGAAAACGUGUCGCCCUCCGUGUUCCAGGUGGCCGACCCAUUGCUGAGCCUUCAAGCCGGGAGCAAGGCCCCUUCCUGAGGUUGCCAAUUAGGGGCUGCCAGCAUGCGAUCACUGCAUCUGAGGAUUUGAGGGAUGAUGAGUGGCCUGCCUGGAGGUUUUGAGUGCUGAGUUGAAGACCGGUGCUGAGCAGUGUGGAGUUGAAGCCGGCGGUGGCACAGCUCAGCCCAAGUAGAGGCGGCCUUCCCAGAGGGCCGGCAGCGGCGCUGCAGCAGGGGCAGAACGGGCAGACCGGAAGUUCCGAGGACCAGUGACCACCACCAGCUUGGGCCGAAGAACCUAGGCUUUAGUAGUUGGUGUGGAAACAGCACUUACCUGGUGCCGAGCUUGAGAGCCGCUCUGUUGCCCGCAGUAGAGCUAACACAAGCGUUCACAGUGUUUUUCUAAGUAGGCACUGUUGGUGUCCUUCAUGAGUUUUCUAAUUUAAAUAUUACUUCUAGCUCUCCCUUG